ACAACAGAGUUGGAAGACACGGUCCCAGUCCACAAGGAGCUUACAGUCUAGAAAGAGAGAAGAGGAGCAGAUGGAGGAGUAGAGGUGAAGACUCAGGGAAAAGAGCCAAAGAAAAAAAAAGGAAAGAAAGACAUAAGGAGUGAAGGUCAAAGGAGGAAAGCUUUCGAUCGGAGGGGGGCUCUCAUCGUUCUAGCGGCCUGGGUGUAAGACUGGGGUGGGCCUUGGUUGAGACGAGAGAUACGGGUCUCAGGGUCCGUGACCCCACAGGUGUUAGCACCCCGGCCAUGGUGGCUCGGCACUGGACCCCGAUCUUUCCGGCUCUGGUGUAUCUGUCCCAGGGACUGGAUCAGCAUCAACUUGGCAUUGGACCUAGCAGCUGGGGAGGCGUGGGGGAUGUGUCUUUAUGUCUUCCUCGGGCGAGAGGUGAGGAAGGCUGUGUGAAUUCCGAGCACUGCGGGACCACAGACUGGGUUCAUCUCUGGUAUAUCUGGUUGCUGGUGGUGAUCGGAGGGCUGCUUCUCCUGUGUGGCCUGACCUCGGCCUGUCUCCGCUGCUGCCUGAGCCGCCAGCAGACCGGGGAGGAGGCGGGACCAUCCCCGUACGAGGUGACGGUCAUCGCCUUCGACCACGACAGCACUCUCCAGAGCACAAUCACCUCCCUCCAGUCGGUGUUCGGGCCCAGCGCCCGCCGGAUCCUGGCAGUGGCCCACUCCCACGGCUCCGGGCCCGCGCCGCCCUCCUCUCCGGAAACUCCCCCGGGCUACGAGGAGGCCCUGCACAUGAGCCGGUUCACCGUGGCCCGGUGUGGCCAGAAGGCCCCCGACUUGGCCCCGGUCCCUGAGGAGAGGCAGCCGCCCACCCCGGGGAAGACAGAAGCUCCCCCAUCCGGCCACUGAGGACCCAGCAGCAGUUGCCGCCGAGGGGGACUCCCCGUUGCCGUCCCAGAACCCGUCGAGGGCACCUCCGACUCCUCGCUUCCCCUUCUCGUGGGGCCUGGCGCGGUUCCCGGAGCCCGUUCCCCCAGGAACCCAGAUUUGUGCCCCCCUUUUCCAAGCCGAUUCCCAGCUUAGUCCUCCCCAGCGCUUAGUCCAGUGCUCAGCGCAAAGUAAGCGUUCACUAAACACCAUCAUCCGAUUAGGGUUCCUUCCCAGGGACCGGGCCCCUCGUCUCUCUCUCUCUCUCUCCCCACCUCUCCGACUGAUGGCGGGAGCCGGAUCACUGACUCCGCCACCGGGAUGAAGAAGCAGGACGCUUCUGGCUACGGCUGCCGCAGGCUCCGGUGGGACAGAGAGCGGCUGUGGAGAUCCCUGACACAGCCACGAAAGCUGAGAGGUGUUCCGUGGCAGCCACGACGUCUCAGACUGCUCAGUCAUCCCAGCUGGCCAGCUGCCCAGCAGACUCUUAGGUCGGGAGAGUGCGGAUGGGGCCGUGCCGGUCAUCACCCCGCCCCGACUCGAGCGCCCUCUGAAAUUCUGAAAUCGAUGGGCAGGGCCCGGGUGAGCCCGUGACACCGGGAAAGCCUGCGGAGCUGUGGAAUCGUGAUUAUUUUAUAUCGAUAUCUGAGUCCCCCUCUGGAUAGUAAGCUCGCUGUGGUCAGGGAAUGUGACUGUCAUAUUGUUCUACUGUUCUCUCCCAAGUCUUUAGUACAGUGCUUUGCACACAGUAAGUGCUCAAUAAAUCUGAUUGAUUGAUGGUGACAAACGGCAGGGACCCGGCCACGACUCCACACCCAACCCCAGGUGUUGGAGCCUCCCCGCUGCCCCAGACCAGACUGUGCAGUGAGUCUGAGCAAGGCCCAGGGUGUGGGCAAAGGGACCAAUAAAUCCCUCAGUUCUCCUUUACCAAGCCCCGCACCCUUACUUAUGCUCAUUUCCCGCUUCCCCCGAACCAUCCCCUCCAAAUAGCAGCAGCAGAUUUCAGCGUGGCCAAGUGGAUCGAGCACAGGCCUGGAAGCCGGCAGGACCUGGGUUCUAAUCCCGGCUCUGCCACUCG